GACCCUCAAUUAUCAGCUCUUAGUACACAUUGCAGCUACUCUAGCAACACCUUAACGUAUAUUCAUAUUAUCAACUCUUUAAUACACAACUGACAUGCGUGAAAUUGUUCAUCUCCAGACCGGCCAGUGUGGUAACCAGAUUGGUGCCAAGUUUUGGGAAGUCAUUUCCGACGAGCACGGCAUUGACCCUACCGGUACUUACCACGGCGACUCUGACCUUCAGUUGGAGCGUAUCAAUGUCUACUAUAAUGAAGCUACUGGUGGAAAAUAUGUUCCCCGUGCUGUUCUAAUUGAUCUUGAGCCUGGAACCAUGGAUUCUGUCCGUGCUGGUCCUUUUGGACAACUCUUCCGCCCCGAUAACUUUAUUUUUGGUCAGUCUGGUGCUGGUAACAAUUGGGCAAAGGGCCAUUACACUGAAGGUGCUGAGCUCGUUGACUCUGUUCUCGAUGUUGUUCGCAAAGAAGCAGAAUCUUGUGACUGCCUUCAAGGUUUCCAGAUCACACACUCUCUCGGUGGUGGUACUGGUGCCGGUAUGGGUACCCUUCUUAUCUCCAAGAUUCGCGAGGAAUACCCUGACCGUAUGAUGUGUACAUUCUCCGUUGUUCCUUCUCCCAAGGUGUCGGACACUGUCGUUGAGCCCUACAAUGCUACACUCUCUGUCCAUCAGCUUGUUGAAAACUCUGACGAGACUUUCUGCAUUGACAACGAGGCUUUGUAUGACAUUUGCUUCCGUACACUCAAGCUUACCACUCCUACAUAUGGUGAUCUUAACCAUCUUGUAUCUGCUGUCAUGAGUGGUAUCACCACCUGCUUGCGUUUCCCCGGUCAGCUUAAUGCUGAUCUUCGUAAGCUUGCUGUGAACAUGGUUCCUUUCCCUCGUCUCCAUUUCUUCAUGGUUGGUUUUGCCCCAUUGACUUCCCGUGGAUCCCAACAGUACCGUGCUCUCACUGUUCCUGAGCUUACUCAGCAAAUGUUUGACGCCAAAAACAUGAUGGCUGCCUCUGAUCCCCGUCACGGUCGCUACCUCACUGUUGCAGCCAUGUUCCGUGGCCGUAUGUCCAUGAAGGAGGUUGAUGAACAAAUGCUUAAUGUUCAAAACAAAAACUCGUCGUACUUUGUUGAAUGGAUCCCCAACAAUGUCAAGACCGCCGUCUGUGACAUUCCACCCAAGGGUCUUAAAAUGUCUGUUACUUUUAUUGGUAACUCGACUGCUAUUCAAGAGCUGUUUAAGCGUAUUUCUGAUCAAUUCACUGCCAUGUUCCGUCGCAAGGCUUUCUUGCAUUGGUACACGGGUGAAGGUAUGGAUGAAAUGGAAUUCACUGAAGCCGAGUCCAACAUGAAUGAUCUCGUGUCGGAAUACCAACAGUACCAGGAUGCUACGGCAGAGGAGGAAGGCGAAUUUGACGAGGAAGAGGGUGAAGCUGAGGCAGAGGCAUAAACCAAGUAUAAUCUUCUCGAUGAUAUAGUUUUUAACCGAAUUGUUUCUUUUUCCAAUGUUUGUUUUAUCUCGGGGUUUGAUUUGUCUUUUUUGUUAAUCCCAUACCACUUCUUGAUUCUUUUCCUCUCCUAACUGUUACUCGGUACGCCUGGGUAUUACAAAUAAAAAAUCAAGAAUAACAAAAUGG